ACCCAGGUACUACUAUGUAUAUACUUCCGUGCCACGGCCAGGUUCCAAGCAUGCCGUUGCAUUGCAGGGGGUGACGGGAGGGCGUCAACAGUCUCUUGCCAUUCAUUCCAUUUUUCGGCCAUCUCCCUUCGCUUCUGCUACGGCCCUUUGUUGGCUAUACUAACCAUUUUUCUAUAUUCGUUUUAUGUCGCGCUGGUACUACUUCCUGCAAGAUGAAGCUUGCACGCACAUUAGCGUUUGUACUAUCGUUCCUCUCGACUGCUUUUGCGGAUGUGGAGUUUAUCAACCCAACAACCGGCACGGUCAUUAGAGCUGGCGAUGUCAUUACUGUUCACUGGAGGGACUCUGGCGCAUUACCUCGGAUGACUGAACUUGUACAAUACGACCUCUAUCUUUGUGCAGGCGGAGACACACCGGAAUCCUACGAGGAUGUGGCUCUUCUUGCCAAAAACGCCGCUUUCUCUAGGGGUAAUUCGGUUUCGUUGAGGAUUGAUCCGGACGUUGGUGGCAAUGAUGAGAACGCAUACUUUCUGAGGAUGGUCGCUUCUGGCCCUGAAGCCUCGGUCGUUAACUACUCAGAUCGCUUCACGCUCACGAACAUGACCGGCUCGUUCUCACCACUCAUCAUACAUGGAAUCCAUUCUGCCUUGCACUCUCCUGGAUCUUCUGCAAAUGAGGGAGAAGAACAUGAGGAAUUGCGGAAGAGGCAAAUGGUAGGGUCCUAUACAAUUCCAUAUCCGUUGCAGACAGGGCCUACGAGAUACGCCCCCAUGGCUAAGAAGCCUGGAAGUACGAUUCCUGCGGGGUCGCCAACCCCCCAAUUCUCAGCGAGUCCGUAUACCAUCGCUACGACUUAUCUACCUGCAGCUACCGUUCAGGUUACACUCUCUGCCUCUGAGACAUACUCUGUGGUUAGCAUCGAGAACACCGCAUCCCCUGCACCGCGUUCUCAAGACAUGCAAAUGAAGCGGUUUUUAGAAAGAUGGAAGGAUUAGGUCGUGUAAUGAUUUGGACUUCUAAGGCCCCAGACAGUCAGGAACAUCUCGUUGAUCGAUUUAGGACUUCUUCCUCUCCGAUCGGCAUAUGUCCUGUUUUUUCACUGAUCACAUUCUGUAAUAAUGGCCAGCAACUGGCGUUCAAAGGCUGACGGAAUGGGAGUUGGGCAUGUGUGUGCACCUGGACUUAUGAAAUGUUUGAUUUAUGUUCGUUUGCAUCAGUACUGUGUCUAUAUUCAACGAAAGUGGUCCUGGUUUGUUAUUUCCCCCUUUUGACUUACUAGAAGCACAAUUCAUGCAUGGCACAUUCUAAAACUACUUAGCAAGACCCUAUCCAAUUCUAUUGUGUCUGGUUUUGUUCCUCUUUCCAUUUGUUUGCUCAAGGCUAUCGUCCGUUUCUUUAAACGUUCCGCAUCCUCUUUCGUCCAGCAGUGGCGAAAUAGCUGAAUGGAAAAGGAAAGACAUAUGCUUAGCUACCAAAUAGAUAUCGAAUGACAUU